GUUGGGCUGGUGAUACCAUAGUGGAUUAACUUUGGAAGUGGCUUGCUCGGAUACGAGGCGGCGGCAGCGAGAGCAGGCAUUGGGGUCGGCCUGAGUGUUCCCCAGUACCGGCAGGUGCCGUGAGUCCAACUUGGGGCGGCAUGCGCGCGAUGUUUAGUCUAUCGGGAUCUCGCAUGGUUGUUGCAUAUGUACUGAUGCUGGUGAUGCGUGCAAUGGCUUGGUAGUUCGUCUGCACGUUGAGUGCGCAACGUCUACGCUGGCGCCUCCACCAGAGGGCGCCGUAAGCCCGGAGAGCUGGAAGCGCACCGCUGGGGCCGCACUGUGUGAGGACGACUGCGGCUAUGGCCACGCGACCGGCGGUGACGGGAUGCAGCUGCGGCGGCGACCGCAUCAGGGUGUCCCGCUGAUGCCCACUGAUCCUGCGUCGGACCUUGUGCCGCCUGGUGCGCGCUCGCCUUGUCUGGGAACUCGGGCAUGUCACCCCAGCUGCAGGAGUUGGCGUGGGUGCGCGUCAACUGCCCGAUGUAGGAUGUACCUGCCAUCGUAUGAUCAGGAACUGCCGUGUCCCUCGUGUUUCUCGCCUUGCAGAGAAUGCGGGCCAUACAAUGCACCGGCAAAGGGCUCAACAGUGGAAGGCGGCGCUCGGCUCCUCACAUGAAUGGUCAACAGACGUUCUUGGGCUUGCCCUUUCCAUUUGACCAUCCCGCCGUGCUGGGAGUUGGUUACUGUGUUUCCUGGGGGCCUGGUUGUGCCAGGUUGUGCAGUUGCGUGCAUUGUUGGAUUCGCUUCGGCAUACGAAGUGAUAGCAGUCUUCAUACUUCACAAUUGGAUUAACGGCUCUGGGCUGAUGCGUUAUCGCCACAUUCGGAAGUGCACGUCAACGGACCUAGCUUAGGUAAUGGACUCCAGCAGUGGGCCAGUACCGCAUUUACCGUACAGUUUCCUGUUAUUAUCACUGUUUGUGUCGAUCCUCUCUCCAUGCCUCUCUGUAAUACCGUGCUGUAAUACCGUAGUACC